GUCACGGCUGGGGAGCGUGAAUAGGAUCAGCCCAGGUCUUCGGGGCCUGGGCCACCUGCCUCUGAGACACCCCAGCAGCAUUUAGCCGGAAAUAGCUAGAAGCUGGGAUGGAAAAGAGAAUCGAGAGUUAAUGGGUUGGAGGGCAGAAAAAAGUAUAGACGUUGUGGAUGGUCAAUUCUGGGUGUAGAAGACAGCAGUCAGGUUUCUGGGCCAGGCAGCCGGGUGUUGGAACCUGCAGGUCAGCAGAGAGCUGGGUGAAGGACCUUUGGGGAAAGAGGCUUAUUCGGGGCAGGUCUGGAGAUCUUGGCUCACCUCCUGAGGCUGGCGUCUGCCAGGUAUGGAGAAGAACAAGCAGCAUAGCCCAGCGCAGAAAGGAAGUGAGAGUCUAAGGUGCUGAAAGCUCAUUGAAAUUGCUAGUGAACAUGCUGGGAGGAAGAGUAGGGAGAAAAAAGAAAAGAUGAGCUUGUUCUUAAAGUCUUCUAGAAAAGUGGGGGAAGGUCCAAGAGCAAAACUAACAUGUUUUUAAAAUGCCCACAGUGGGUUUUUUUCCACAUUUGAUGCUUUACAGUCACCCCACGAAAUAGGCUGCCUUAUUUCCAUUUUACGGAUGAGGACACCGGAGGCUCCGAGGGGAACGCAGCUAGUUAGCAAGCCCUGGACUGCACUGGGAUGCAAGCCCAGCGCUGUCUGGCCGCAGAAUUCGUUCCUGCCGAAGAGUAAGUCCUUGAUUCCCAGGCCCUUUGAGGUCUGAGGAGGAGUCCAGUAGGUGAGAUUCUCUACCUCUAAGGAGAAACAGUACCUGCUCCUUCAGCAAGAGCAAGCUCUCCGUUGCUAUGGAUACCGAAUCCACGUAUUCUGGAUACUCUUACUAUUCUAGUCAUUCGAAAAAAUCUCACAGACAAGGGGAAAGAAAUAGAGAGAGGCACAAAUCACCCCGGAAUAAAGAUGGCAGAGGGUCAGAAAAAUCUGUCACCAUUCAAGCUCCCACCGGAGAGCCCUUGUUGGCAAAUGAUUCUACUCGGACGGAGGAAGCUCAGGAUGACAACUGGGGGGAGACCACCACGGCCAUCACAGGCACGUCAGAGCACAGCAUCUCGCAGGAAGACAUCGCCCGCAUCAGCAAGGACAUGGAGGACAGCGUGGGGCUGGACUGCAGGCGCUACCUGGGCCUCACCGUCGCCACGGUGCUCGGACUCCUGGUCUUCCUCACCCCCAUCGCCUUCAUCCUGCUGCCCCCCAUCCUGUGGCGGGAGGAGCUGGAGCCUUGUGGCACCAUCUGCGAGGGACUCUUCAUCUCCAUGGCGUUCAAGCUGCUGAUUCUGCUCAUCGGGACCUGGGCGCUGUUCUUCCGCAAGCAGAGAGCCGACGUGCCGCGGAUCCUCGUGUUCCGUGCGCUCUUGCUGGUCCUCAUCUUUCUCUUCGUGGUCUCCUAUUGGCUUUUUUACGGGGUCCGCAUUUUGGACUCUCGGGACCGAAAUUACCAGGGCAUCGUGCAAUACGCCGUCUCCCUCGUGGACGCCCUCCUCUUCAUCCACUACCUGGCCGUUGUCCUGCUGGAGCUCAGACAGCUGCGGCCCAUGUUCACGCUGCAGGUGGUCCGCUCCACUGACGGCGAGUCCCGCUUCUACCCCUUUGGACACCUGAGUAUCCAGCGAGCAGCAUUGGUGGUUCUGGAAAAUUACUAUAAAGAUUUCACCAUCUAUAACCCCAACCUCCUAACAGCCUCCAAAUUCCGAGCAGCCAAGCACAUGGCCGGGCUGAAGGUCUACAACGUAGAUGGCCCCAGUAAUAACGCCACUGGUCAGUCCCGGGCAAUGAUCGCCGCAGCUGCUCGGCGCAGGGACUCGAGCCACAACGAGUUGUAUUAUGAGGAGGCGGAACAUGAACGGCGGGUGAAGAAGCGGAGAGCAAGGCUGGUGGUUGCAGUGGAGGAGGCCUUCGUCCACAUCCAGCGUCUCCAGGCUGAGGAGCAGCAGAAAGCCCCAGGGGAGGUGAUGGACCCCAGGGAGGCCGCCCAGGCCAUCUUCCCCUCCAUGGCCCGGGCUCUGCAGAAGUACCUGCGCACCACCCGGCAGCAGCACUACCACAGCAUGGAAAGCAUCCUGCAGCACCUGGCCUUCUGCAUCACCAACAGCAUGACCCCAAAGGCCUUCCUCGAGCGGUACCUCAGCACGGGUCCCACGCUGCAAUACGACCGGGAGCGCUGGCUCGCCAUGCAGUGGCGGCUCGUCAGUGAUGAGGCCGUGACCAGCGGGCUGCGGGAUGGACUCGUUUUUGUCCUCAAAUGCUUGGACUUCAGCCUCGUAGUCAAUGUGAAGAAAAUUCCGUUCAUCAUGCUCUCGGAAGAGUUCAUAGACCCCAAGUCUCACAAAUUUGUCCUUCGCUUACAGUCUGAGACGUCAGUUUAAAAGUUCUAUAUUUGUGGCUUUAUUAAAAAAAAAAAAAGAAUAUAUAGAGAGAUAUAUAUGUAUACCAGAGGGGCAUCUUUGUUUUUAUUAUUCUUCAUUGCUGACUGAACUGGCAGAUGAGAGACCAGGGUCCUUUGACCAUCUGCACUUUAUUUGGAAGGAAGCAGAAGAUGUCCGUCCUGGAAAAAAGUGACUGAUGACAUCUGACUUGGGGAUAGGACGUCUCUCGAGAAGCCGUUCCCUGGCGUUUCUGUGACAGCUGCAAACCAAAGCGGAGCUGGAGGUUCUUGGGAACCUCGCCUUACGACUCGUCCCUGCCUUUCGUCCAGCACCCAGCCCUGCCCUGGCUUCUGGCCAUCCCACUCGUGGGCCUCUGGGGACGCGUCUUUGUCCUGUUUCAGGGAACCAGACAGGACAUGUCCACACGUGUUUGUAUAUGUAAACAUCCGGCACCAUGGGAGCCACGGGCCAUUCACGAAACGCCUGCCUUCGUCUUUGUUCUCUGUUGCCUUAGGUUCUGCAGAGAAAGAUCACAACGACAAACGUGCACUGUCAGUUUACAGCUCUUAAUGAUUUUAUUUUUUUCCCCAAAGAGAGAAUCUACCUGCCCCGGUUUUGACCUGCUUGCCUACCAGCUUGAGCAGGUAGCUCUUUCCUAACCCAGUGAUGGCCUACCUGACCCCGCUCCGUCCCACCCCCACCCUCCCAAAACACACCACACCCUACCUGGCCGGCAGCCCCGGGCCAGGGAGCCCAGCCUUCAGAGCCGCCCAGGACCUGGCUCUUCACGUGUGCCCUCGGGCUCCAUGCACAGCCUCAGGUCCGCCCCACGGAUUGUUUGUUUACGUAGGGAAGGGUGAAGUACCCCCCAGGGAGGUCCCAGGGAGGGCAUGCCAGCUAGGAUGUCCCUUUCAGGCUGCGGCAGGAGCCCCUCCCCCCACUGCUCCACACCCACCAGGGGGAGACCCACGCUGUGACUCAGGGACUGGCAAGUUCAGCUCAGAGCCUCCAUUUCCCUGGAGGUACGUCCUCACAAAGCUCUAUAGCAAGCUGUCCUGCCAAGGGACAACUGCGGCGUCCAGCCCCUGACUCUGACCACCGUCACUGUGCGCUCAUCACCUCCGCCCCUUACCACCCGUGCAGGGGCUCCUUUAGGCCCUGGUGCUAAAUCACUCGUAGUUGGCAGUAAAGUGAGGAGAGGGAAUGGGCAAGCUGCAGCAUCUGGGGAAAGGAAAGGAGGGAGCCGAGCUUGCGAUCCAGAAUGAUGCCAGCCUGGUCUGUUUCUUAGAUGGUUUCAGUGGGCUUGCCUGGGCCCGGGCCCAGGGGAGCAGCCAGGCCGGGCGAGCGGAGGCACCAACGGGCAGAGCCCUGCAGCGGCCUUCAGUUCCUCCAUCUGCCUUCCUGUAUCCACAGCAAACCUUUGCAAAGUGUUCACUCUCGCUUUUCCCCAGUGUUUAGGGUAACCAGUCACCUUGCUAUAGCCAAGGAUGACACUGUCACAUGCUCUUUGUGUAUGUGUUCGCAUGUACCCUUUCUGGCUUAUGCAUUCCACACAUGGUGCAGUGUUUGUUAUUACCGUCUUAAACCAAAAUUGGCUUUUGAUGUUUGUCACACACCUGUACCUGAAAAAGUAAACAGCGUCCUUGAAUCCACAGCCUUCAGGUCAACAAGAAGAUGUGUUAGAAAAGCAGGAAGGAGAAACCAGUCGGUAUGGUGUGAAGCCAAGACAUACUCUUUAACUACAUGGUUUCCGUUUAUGAAAAACGCAUACCAUGUAACCAUGGUGCUUUUGUUCUUCUUAGUUUUGCCUUUAGGUCCCUUCAAGCCGGACAUUCCUUUUGAUGUCUUUCUCAGGAAUAUAUUUUGGGAGACUGGGCAAGGGAUGGUGAAUGUAUAAGAGACUUUGGCUGCAUAAAGGUUAUACUGUCCCAGACUAAAUGUAUCAGAGGCUGCUGCAUCAGAAACGCAGCAAUAGAAGUACCGCAUGUGUAUAUUCAUAUGGUUAAUAAUGACACUAUCCAUCAGCAUUCUAAAAAACUGUGCUUACAACCCUGUCUUCAAUUACCAGUCCAGAAGGGGUUAAGUUGGAUUCAUGGCUUUGGUGCCUGCCUUCCCAGCAGGGUGAAGAAAGGUUUAAAUUAAGGAAUUUCUUUUCUCUCUCUCCCAGUCUUUGCAUAGGAGAAUGUCAGACUUUGUGAAAUUAUUGUUUCUGUUUUAAAUUGAAUAUUGAUUUUUUUACACUGACUUUGUAUUGAGUCCUUUUCGAAAGAACAACGUAAUAAAAUGCAGGAUCUUCGUAUCAAG